UAAAUCGGACUCCGAGGAGCCAGGAAGUAUGCAGCGCGACAGAUAAAGUCGAGAGAGCGGGCGUUUGUUGUCAGUGGACGGGGAUCACACGCUUCAGGGUGAGAGGGAAUUAUAGCCGAGUGCGAAAUUGAGCCUAAUCCAUUGCAGUGGCAGAGACUGACCACUCAGUAGUUUAGAUUUGAAAGCGGGGAGAGAUCACGACCCUGCUUACAAUUAGGUMAAUAUUACGUUAGCACAUUGCUACUAAACAAGACGGAAGAGAAUAGAAGCGGGAUUGCUGUUAUUUCACGGCAAAGGUUUUUCUUGCUCACAAAACAAUUAAAAUUAAGGAAAAUUUCUCAGCAAAGCUUCAAGAUGCCUCGGGUGGUCCCGGAUCAAAGGAGCAAGUUUGAAAACGAAGARUUCUUCAGGAAACUCAGUCGGGAGUGCGAGAUCAAAUACACAGGUUUCCGAGACAGACCGCACGAGGAGMGGCAAGCCAGGUUUCAGAACGCUUCUAGAGACGGUCGCUCAGAAAUAGCUUUUGUGGCGACGGGCACCAACCUCUCGCUGCAGUUCUUCCCAGCCAACUUGCACGGGGAGCAGAGGCAGACACCCACACGAGAUUAYGUGGACUUUGACCGGGAGACGGGAAAGGUGUACCUCAAGGCCCCUAUGAUCCUGAAUGGAGUGUGUGUGAUCUGGAAGGGCUGCAUAGACCUGCAGCGCUUGGAUGGGAUGGGCUGUUUGGAGUUCGAUGAGGAGAGAGCACAGCAUGAGGAUGCCCUGGCGCUAGCAUCCUUUGAGGAGUCGCGUAGGAGGACCCGGGACUUUGAGGACAGAGACCGCUCGCACCGAGAGGACCUGGAGUGGGACGUGUGCAGGUCAGGACAUCCUACCAGGGUAUAAGCUGGAAGACUGGAAGACAGACCCCCCACACACACUUUCCCCCAGUGCCUAAUGGAGAACAGACCUCCACACACACACCACCCACCCUCACCCUGCUGCCGGAGGAGUACGCUGCAAGGCCUGCUGGGACAUAUCUGCCACAGCUUGGCAGCACAUGAUGAGGGAGAGGAAGGGAGGGAGAUCUGAAGCAGGGCUUUCAUGUUCACAUCUAGUAUUUCUUACCUCAGAAACAUACCUUCCAGCUCCCUCAGGAAGAAUUGUCUCUUUUCUUCUGAAAAUCUAUAAGGCAAUGCUCUUUAUGGAGAUAUUAUGUAUUGGUCAAAGAAAAAUAACUUAUAAUUAUUUUGUCUACUGACAUCGAGCCUGGAGGAGUCUCAAACAGAACAGUGUGUGGAAGGUGUGCAUACAUGGUCAACGUAUGACAUAUACUGUAUUCUAACGGAAGACUUUCCAUGUGUUUCAUUCUCAAAUACUGACUGUGGUGGAAACAUGAAACCCCCUAAUCAUUUUCAUUACAUUUAAAUGUUUUUUUUAAUCCAAGUUACAGUAUGUCAUCUCAUAAACUGCUGUGAUCCAGAAUUUUCUGAUUGGACUGUAGUAUUUAGYGAUUUCUUUAAUUAGUGAAUCCCCUUGCUCUGUUGUCCUCUCAGGGAAGGAGAUAGAUGAUAUUGUUGGUUUUAUUUUAGAUAAAKAUUUGCAUUUGGACAUCAGGACCCUGUUUUUAUGUGAUAUGGGCGCCUGGCUCUUGAGUACAUUCAGCCGUUACAUUUCUGUGGUCUGAACUUAUACUCAGUCCACUAUAACUCAAGGCCAACAGCACAAUGACAGUCUGCCAUCAGUGGUAGCUGGGAGGCCUCUUAAGGGUUUAUAAACCUGUCAUUUAGUUCAGAAAUCACAGCUCUUCUCUAGCAGGRAUAUCAGUGUCAGCUCUUGAGUAUGUAUGUCUAAGUACAGCAUAUAAGGUUAAUUCCUCUGCUGUGUGGCCUGUACUUGUUUUGAUCACUGUAUAAUGAAUAUGUAUAAUGAAUAUUG